GCGCGGAGCUCUCACAUGGCAACAAAGUCAGAUGGCGAGACAGUUAGCCUAAACGUCACUCUGUUUUCACCUUAUUUUGUAGGGUGUGUGCAGUGUUUAUGUUCUGUACUCGUGUAUUGCUGUCAUGUUUACAGUACAGGCGUUGCUUAUCUUGAACUGUUUAUGUCUUGAGGGAUGAAGUCUAGAGAGAUUUAGCCUGGAAACUGUGCUGACCUAACUGCAGUACAAUGACAACUCCGUGUAUCCGGAUGUUUCGUCGGUUGGAGGGUCUGUUUUGUGUGUAUAAACCACCAGGUGUUCACUGGAAACACGUCCGAGACAGGAUAGAGACAAGUCUUCUCACAGGUGUAAAUGGCACCCCGCAGCGGCCCCUUCCCCAGGUGGUCAAGUUCUUGGCACAACCAGGAGCUGGAAAUGACGGAUCCAGUGAGCUCACCCUCUCUGCAGCCUCUGUCCCUGUGCUGGCCAGCCACCCUCUGGUGAGCGGACCUGAAUUCCAGCGUAUUCCGGUUGCAGUAGGACAUCGUCUCGAUGCGUUUUCUUCCGGUGUUCUUGUUCUCGGAGUUGGGAAUGGAAACAAGGCUCUGAGUGAUUUCUACAAAACACCAGCCACAAGGGACUACACAUUGGAGGGUGAAUUUGGGACGGCAACAGAUGAUUUCUCUCACACAGGCCGGGUUGUUGAAAGAUCCACAUAUGGUCACAUCACCCAGGACAAGCUGGAGAGAGUCCUGGCCAUGUUGCAGGGAGCCAAUCAAAAGGCCUUGUUAAUGUAUUCCAACAUAGACAUGCGCUCCCAGGAGGCCUAUGAAAUGGCUGUGCAAGGCUUACUGGGCCCAGAGGGGAAAUCCGCCCCUAUUUUGAAAGGCUUGCGUUGUGUUCGCUUCGAGCCUCCGCACUUCACCCUGGAGGUGCAGUGCCUGAAUGAAAGUCAGAAAUAUUUGCGCAAAGUUGUACAUGAAAUAGGACUGGAGCUGCGGAGCACAGCGGUGUGUAAGGUGGUGCGGCGCACCCGAGACGGUGUCUUCACCCUGCAGGACGCCCUGACCCAUCACCACUGGACUGCUUCUGAUGUCAUGGGUGCCAUUCAACAAUACCACUCCUCUAAAAAACUGAGAAAAAGCCCUCACACACAGACCAAAGACCCAACGAUACAAUCAAGAGGGGAGGAUAAAAAAACAGAGAGCCAGCAAAGUGAAAUCAGUGAGGAGACAGCCGUCAGCACAGUGCUCUAAUGUUGCCGUUGAUUCUCCAUCUUAAUCAUGCCGCUACUGCUUAUGAGUGGUUUCCUGUAAUUGAAUUUCUCAUGAUGAAUACUAAAUUAUUUUCCAAAAGCGUAAUAUGAAAGCAAUAUUUGCCUAAUGAUCUCAAACAUUAUUUUGUUCUGGCAAUUUAAAUAACAUUGUGUGAGCUGCAUUUCAGUUUCUAUUGACAGGAAGUGGAACAACACGCCUGUACAAAGUGGUUAGCAUAAUGAAUAUAACCCAGUGUUAUCAAAAUGUUAAGCUGCUGAUGUUACUCAUUUUCACCAUUGUUUUCAACAUCCUAGACCUGAUUAUCUGAUUGCUGUGGUAAUUAAAAAAAAAAAAAAAAAAAAAAAAAAAAAAAUCAAAACUUGAUACACCAAC